UCGGCGAACCGGCCCCGAACCACUUCACGUUACCACGUCUCCUUCUUUCUUUCUCCCCCAUCGAAAUCCUCUCCUCUGCUCUAUCGCACGCGCACGCCUCGUCGCACCUCCUUGAAAUCCCCUGAACCCCACGCCAGUUCUUGGAGCAGGAGCGGCGCCGGAGGAGGAGGAGCAAAGAUGUCGUACGCCUACCUCUUCAAGUACAUCAUCAUCGGCGACACAGGUGUCGGCAAGUCGUGCCUGCUGCUGCAGUUCACCGACAAGCGCUUCCAGCCGGUCCAUGACCUCACCAUCGGCGUCGAGUUCGGCGCCCGGAUGAUCACCAUCGACAACAAGCCCAUCAAGCUCCAGAUUUGGGACACGGCUGGCCAGGAGUCGUUCAGAUCGAUUACUAGAUCAUACUACAGGGGAGCUGCCGGUGCUCUCUUGGUUUAUGACAUCACCAGGAGGGAAACCUUCAAUCAUCUCGCGAGCUGGCUGGAGGAUGCAAGGCAACAUGCCAACGCUAACAUGACAAUUAUGCUUGUUGGAAACAAAUGCGAUCUGUCUCAUAGGCGUGCCGUGAGCUUUGAGGAAGGUGAGCAGUUCGCCAAGGAGAACGGUCUGCUCUUUAUGGAGGCAUCUGCAAAAACUGCGCAGAAUGUCGAGGAGGGUUUCGUCAAGACUGCCGGAGCUAUAUACAAGAAAAUUCAAGAUGGUGUCUUUGAUGUAUCUAAUGAGUCCUUUGGAAUCAAGGUUGGCCAUGAUACCUCUGGCCAAUCUAGGGGUGCUGGUGGCUCAUCUUCCCAAGGCGGUGGCUGCUGCAGCUAAUUGAAUGAUGUACAAAAUCACCUGCCAUGUGUUACAUAUCCAUUGUGUUAUUUCGUGUUGCCAAGUGAUAGUAAUUUCAGGGUGCUCUGUUAUUUCACGCGCCUAUGGAUUAUGUUUCGAGUGAACUAGUCAGUAGAUUCAAUCCAUUUGUGUCAGCUGUUCUUUACUGUACAAUUGGUGUAACUCAAACAGAUGCUUCCAGUUUCGUGUCAUUAAGCAUCCACGAAUUAUAUCCAUUUGCAUGUGUGAUUAAAUAAGAAUGUAUGGUCCAAUGUGGUUAUUUAAAUC